CCCCGCCCCGUCCGCCCCCGCGGGCCAUGGAGGGCUCGGCGCGGCGGGGGCUCGGCGCGGUUCUCGCUGUGCGUGUCCCCCGUGACCCCCCGCCCCGCUCCUUUGGGUCGUUUCCUCGUGGGUUCGGCAGAAAACAUGGAACAGGCCACAUGAAGAAGCGCACAGAGUUUAUUUUUGGGCAAGAUGUUCUUUGGAGGACCAAGUGCAGGUCCUUUCCAGGCCAUGGGAGAUGAAGCAUUAAUCACAUGAUAUUUUUGUUAAGUCAAGUGCUGUGCUAAGUCAAUGUUGAUUCGUGCUGAGGACAAACAUUAAUUCCUUAAAGUCAUCAUGUCGACCGUGGCAAGCGCUCAGACUCCGGAGGCACCGAGUCCUUCGCCCCUGGAAGAGAAGCCAAAGGGAAAAUCCCUGUUCCACCUGGGCUCCCUCUUUGCUCACAGGAGUGAGAAGUUUGUGAUAGCUCGCAGCGACAGUGUGCCCGAGGAGAACGUCCUCAAAAUCACCAUCACGGAGACCACGGUCAUCGAGUCCGACCUGGGCAUCUGGAACUCCCACGCUCUCAUCUACCUCACCUUGUGGUUCUUCUUCAGCUUUUGCACUCUUUUUCUUAACAAAUACAUCCUCUCCUUGCUGGAAGGAGAGCCCAGCAUGUUAGGUGCUGUUCAAAUGCUUUCAACCACCUUCAUUGGCUGUAUAAAAAUGUUUGUUCCCUGCUGUUUGUACCAGCACAAGACCCGCAUCUCUUACCCCCCCAAUUUCAUCAUGAUAAUGCUCUUUGUUGGAUUGAUGAGGUUUGCAACAGUUGUCCUGGGCCUUGUGAGCUUGAAGAACGUGGCAGUUUCCUUUGCAGAAACGGUGAAAAGCUCUGCUCCCAUUUUCACUGUCAUCAUGUCUCGGAUGAUUCUGGGGGAAUACACUGGAUUGCUGGUGAAUCUCUCCCUCAUCCCUGUGAUGGGAGGGCUGGCUCUGUGUACAGCCACUGAAAUCAGCUUCAACAUUCUGGGGUUCUCAGCAGCUUUAUCCACCAAUAUCAUGGACUGUUUGCAAAACGUCUUUUCCAAAAAACUUCUCAGCGGAGAUAAAUACAGAUUUUCAGCCCCAGAGCUUCAGUUCUACACAAGUGCUGCUGCAGUGGUUAUGCUUAUUCCAGCUUGGAUCUUUUUCAUGGAUGUGCCUGUGAUUGGGAAAAGUGGGAGAAGCUUCAGCUACAACCAGGAUAUUGUCAUACUUCUCUUGAUAGAUGGAGUCUUGUUCCACCUCCAAAGUGUUACAGCCUAUGCCUUGAUGGGAAAAAUUUCUCCUGUGACUUUCAGCGUUGCCAGCACUGUGAAACACGCCCUGUCCAUCUGGCUCAGCAUCAUCGUGUUUGGGAACAAGAUCACCAGCCUCUCGGCCAUCGGCACCGUCCUGGUGACCAUCGGGGUCCUGCUCUACAACAAAGCAAAGCAGCAUCAGCAGGAGACCCUGCACAACCUGGCCACCCCCCCACAGCCCACACAGGGUCCCACUGAGGACAAAGAGCCACUGAUUCCCAAGGAUUUGGAACCCUAUGAUUAAUAUGGCCAUUUGUUCUUCCGACCGAGUGUAACUCAAAGGAACUCAUCCCAAAGGGGGUUGUUGCUCCAGCUGCUGAUGCCGUUGGGUUCCUUGGAGUUCAGGUCGAGCCCGGGACCUGGAAGGAUCCAGCAAGCCUUGCUCCCCUUGAUCCCGGGACCUUCAGCAGGAAGGACCUGGGGAGGAUCCAGUAAGCCUUGAUGUACUGACCAACUGAUACCCCAGCCAGGACCUGGUGUCCUGGAACGUGCUAAACGUGGGCUUUAGUGUCUCUCCUUGACUGCAAAUAAUGACCGAGCCUGUAUUAGUGAAAGAACUUCAGUGGCUCGUGGGAAAGCAAUUCCUGCCUCCCUCCCCAUCAAAGUAAUGUGAAAACGUGGGCCCCUUGCUGUGUUCUGCUGGCAGUGGGAUGGAAUUGGGGCGUAACUGAAAUUCCCGGUUGUUACUCCACAUUUCCUGCAUUUUGGGCACCAAAACCUGCCAGAGCUCAAGGAGCGUUUGGACAACGCUCUCAGGGACAGGGUGGGAUUUUGGGGUGUCCUGUGCAGGGCCAGGAGUUGGAGUGAUGAUCCUUUCCAGCUCAGGAUAUUCUGUGAUUCGGAGAGGGAACCACCCCUCUCUCUCCCAUAAAAACUUACUCUGGUGUCUGUUUAGUUGGAGCAAACGCUGGGAAUGAGUCUGUGCCCCAGAGCAGUGGUGAGCAGCUAUUUCCAACGACAAAUCUACGGAUAAAAACUGAUUUUUCUCCUAAAAUUUCAUUCUGAUCAUGCAUUGACAAAACUGAAAUGCAAGUAUUCACACACACACAUAUGUGGAGUGGUGAAUUAAAUACUUACAGUUGCUUAGAGGUAAAAAACACUGAAAACUUCGGUGAUAAAGGAAGCAGGAGCUCCGUAUUUCUCUGAGAAACCAUUUUAAUUUCUUGCAUUUUAUUAUGCAUUUCUGUUAUGAGGAAAUAAGUGGGUGGGUUUUUGUAUUAUUUCUAAGAGCGCAACGAAACGCUGCCUUUUAGAAACUCAGGGUUAUGAUUCUGACCUGUGUGUAAAAGUAUUUGUGUAAUUUCUGAUUAUGUAAAUAAUCUGAGGUAUCUGGAACAGAGGUCACUGAAGGGAGGAACAUUAACCAUAAACUGAGGCAAAUCUUUAUUUCUGCUGCUCUUAAGUUUUCUUUUUUUUUUUUUAAAGGAGAUUCUGUUUUGUGGUAGGUCAAAGAUUAAAUCCUAACUUUCCUUUUUGAAGUUCUCAAGACUAGUAAUUAGUUUUGGCAAAAAAAGCACAAGUAGCUACAAAAGCAUUCAAAUGGACUUUUUGGGAACAUAACUAACAGUUCAAAUGAGCGGAUUUUAACACUUGCCACUCUUCUGGAAGACUGUAGCGUGGAUAUAGUGGUAAAAAUAAUUGCGAAUAGGAAGUUUCCAGUAGAGUUCCUGUGAAAUUUAGGCUCAUGGUUACAUUUCCACUUGUGAGGAAUUCCACUGGCUUUAGUGAGCUGUUCCUGCAGAGAGCAAAGAUGUGUCCAAGAGCCUCUCUGGAGCAGCUGUCCCUGUUUCAGUAGUUUGUGCUUGUUUGGUGCCAAUGCUCACUUCAGUUUGCAUUCCCACACCUGACUGGUUGCCUGGGGCAUAUUCCCCUAAAAAUGCCAGGUUUUCCUCAUUCUGUAUGUGAUGUGUCUGUGGUAUUUUGUUUCUUUUGUACUCUUGUCACUUUUAUAAAAGCUGUGGACUGUGGCGUGGAGCUCUGUGGGGUUUUUUUUUGUUUGUUUGUUUUCUGCCAAAUACACUGAGAUUUUUGAAAGUAUAACUA